AUGGACUGGAUGCGCCUAAUUCGCGAUCUCUGUCUCAAUCCCCGACACACAAAAUGGAUGGCACCGCUUCUGGUCCUGGGCGACGCUUUUCUCUGCGCGCUGAUCAUCUGGAAGGUCCCCUCCCCGUUGCUGUUACUCGCAGAUACCGAAAUUGACUGGACCACAUAUAUGCAACAGAUAUCGCUCUAUUUGUCGGGUGAACGCGAUUACACUCUCAUCAAAGGAUCCACUGGUCCCCUUGUCUAUCCGGCCGGCCAUGUAUACAGUUACACGUUUCUAUAUCAUCUCACCGAUGAGGGGCGCGAUAUUUUCUUCGGUCAGAUACUGUUUGCUGUGCUCUACUUGGUCACGCUGGUGGUUGUGCUGUGCUGUUAUAGACAGUCGGGUGCUCCGCCGUAUUUGCUCCCGCUGCUGGUCCUUUCCAAAAGACUUCAUAGCGUUUAUGUUCUGCGUCUGUUCAAUGAUGGCUUGGCGGCGCUGGCGAUGUGGGUUGCCAUCUUGUUGUUCAUGAAUCGGAAGUGGACGGCUGCGGUCGCAGUGUGGUCUACUGGUGUUGCGAUUAAGAUGACAUUGUUGCUGUUGGCUCCGGCGAUUGCCGUUGUCACGGUGCUUAGUCUGUCGCUUGGUCCUAGUGUGAGACUGGGGGUUCUGGCCGUCCUUAUCCAGGUUUUACUUGCUAUACCGUUCCUACAAAACAACCCCGCAGGAUAUCUCUCGCGGGCGUUCGAGCUAACCAGACAGUUCAUGUUCAAGUGGACAGUCAAUUGGAGGUUCGUUGGUGAAGAACUAUUCUUGUCCAAGAAGUUUUCCCUGGCAUUGCUGGCCAUCCACAUCGUGCUGCUGGGCGCCUUUGCUGUCACUGGUUGGUUGAGGCCCUCCGGGUCUAGCUUGCCCGUAUUCAUCCAGAAUCUGCUUGCGGGUCGACAGCGCACAGUAUCUCUCUCCAGACCCUACAUCAUGACCGUGAUGCUAUCGUCUCUUGCAGUUGGCUUGUUGUGCGCAAGGUCCCUUCAUUACCAGUUCUUCGCCUAUCUCUCCUGGGCAACACCCUUCCUCCUCUGGCGCGCAGGGUUUCAUCCCAUCUUGCUGUACCUCAUCUGGGCUAUGCAAGAGUGGGCUUGGAACGUAUUCCCCAGCACCAACCUCAGUUCCGUCGUUGUUGUCCUCGCACUUGCUGCCCAGAGUUUCGGCGUCCUUGCGAAUAGCGCCAGCGCCUUUGAUACCAUGCGUUCGAAACUUAGCGGUAAAGAGCAUAUCCAAUAGAAGUGACAUCCAGCCGAUAUCGAAAUCGGGCUGUGACAGGUGCAUCGAUGAUCGCAAUCGGCCUUGUACCCAUGAGGAAUAAAUGAGAAGCCGUGAACAAGUAAGACUGCUCUGUUAAGUAGUCUAUUGCCCAUGCGAUAAGGCCCGAUGCCUGAAGCAUCAAGCAAGAUUCCAAUCAAGCAUCCGACUCAUCUGAGGAGGGCAUCUUGCCGACAUUGGACUCAUCCUCUUCGUCCGAGUCGUCCGCGACAACAACAGCUUGCUUAGCGAAUUCCUUUGGCCUGCAAUGGGAUCAGUAGUAGCCCCAGGCAUCACGAUUGAAGUAUCUACUCACCAAAACGGGGCUUUGCGCCACGCUUUCUCAUCACGGACGAUGUUGACAAUCUCUCCCUUGAGCUUGUUGUCGCGGCCCUCAAGGGCAUUGGCAUCGAUCACCACGUAG